AUGACAUUUCUAUAAGCACUUAGUACUUUAAUAGGAUGGACUUAUUUUGCAGUAUGGAGUAUAAGUUUUUAUCCAUAAAUAUAUGAAAAUUGGAGAUUGAAAAAGUAUUUAGAUAAGUUAAUUAUUAGUGUUAAUGGAUUAAGUGUUGAUUAUGUUGGAUUAAACAUUACAGGAUACAUUUGUUUAUGCAUUUAUAGUACAGCAGGUUAUUUAGAUAAAUCAUUGGAUGUUGGGACAAUACAUCUUGAAGACUUGGCAUUUGCAUAUCAUGGAUUAUUUUGUACAUUAAUCAUAAUUGGUCAAAUGAUAUUUUAUCCUGUAUUAAAUCCUUAGAUUACAGUUAGGAGACAAUAAAUUGUCAAAAUUCAUUAUAGCGAUCUUAGUUAUUCUUUGGACAUUGACACCUAUCUAUUUCUUAUUGACAUAAGUAGAAUAUUAUUAAAAUAAUUAGACAUUUGAUGUUAUUGAUGUAUCUGUUAAUUACAAUGCAUAUAGAAUAAUUGGAUAUGAUAAAUUAUUAAUAAGCUUUAUUAAGUAUAUCCCUUAAGUAUAUUGGAAUUACAAAAGAAAGAAAACAAUAGGUUGGAAUAUUUGGGUGAGUCUUUUAGAUAUAACAGGUGGAAUUUUGUCAGUUAUAUAAACUAUAAUGGAUUAAUUCAUUUAUGAUGGUAAAUUAUUAUAUAUAUUAAAAUAGAUAAUAAUGAGAUUAACCCAGUUAAAUUUGCAUUAGGAUUGUUGACAAUUGGUUUUGAUUCAAUUUUGAUUUUUUAACAUUAUUUUCUUUAUCCACCUAAAAAAGACACUUAGGUUAUGGAUUAUGUUACAAUGAAAGAUAAUGGAUUAGAUGAUAUAUGA